UGACUUUGGAAAUGGAUGAAUGGACGAUCGGCGCGAGAAGGGAAAGGGGAUGUCUUACCCACAAUCCCUUAGGGCAGAAAUGUUUCAAGCAACAGGCCACCGACGAGAAAUCUCUUCCUGUUCUGCCGUAAAGGAUUGUGGGUAAUAUAUCUUCUUUCCUUUCGUCAAGAUUGCUCCGGAGUAAGUAACUUAUGCUCAAGUUCGCUUCGAGGUUGCAUCGUGGCACCUUUCCGAAGCAGGAUUUUGGAGCAUUUGAACGACGUAUCCUCCAAGUCCUUUCGCUUCAUCUCGACGGACAGGAAAGGAAAGAAUCCGAAGAAACCCGCGGACAUCGGCAGACUGGCGAGACGGGAGGAGGGACCAAUUUGGCCCGUCACCAAUUGGUGCCCAAUCCUCGACACAGAACGUCCAUCACUACUUUAACUGGACUAAAACAUCAUUCGUGCAAUGAUGCACGUUGAAGCUUCUCGGCCUAGUUGAGCCGAGCUUAGCUUAGCUUAGCUUAGUUUAGCUUAGCUUAGCUUAGCUUGCUAACAAAGAGACGCGUUUGUGAUCGUCGUGUGAAAAUGUGUGCAAGAAGGACAGCGGAGUACGAGGAGAAACUUUGUGGACCAAAAGACGAGAAGGAGCCACGACGUCAACUACUGGACGCUGUUUUCAAGCUGCACCCUCGAGUUGCGCGACACAGAGCAGACGUCAGUGAAAAUCUUCAUCCAGAGCGGCAGCAGUCAGUGUCCCCUCACAACAAAGAGGUUCAACACAUCAAAGAGGAGGACGAAGAGUUACUACACAUUAAAGAGGAAGAGCAGGAGGAAAUCAUCAAGGUUCCAUCGACUGGUGUGCCUUUGAAGAGCGAAGAUGAAGGUCAAAGUGAGGAGAGACGAGGGGCGGAACCUCCAAGCAGCAGCUCAAGUCAACACAUGACAACAGAAGGUGAUGGAGACCUCUGUGGAGGAUCACAAGCAGACGGCCUCUUAGCUCCACUGUCAGAUAGUGACGACAUGACGUCGUACUCUGCUCACACUGAUGAAGAUGAUGAUGAUGAACAGUCUGAAGGUGAUAUGACAUGUCACACUGACAACAAACGAUGGAAAUGUUCUCAGUGUGGGAAAACAUUUGCCAAUAAGAGCAUUUUGAAACAACACCUGAGAACACACAAUGGAGAAAAACCUUUUUCCUGCUCAGUUUGCGGUCAAACAUUCUCUGUGAAGGGAAACCUAACAAAACACACAAGAACCCACACUGGUGAGAAACCUUUUUCCUGCUCAGUUUGUGGUCAAAGAUUCUCUGUGAAGGGAAGCUUAAAAAAACAUACAAGAACCCACACCGGUGAGAAACCUUUUGCCUGCUCAGUUUGUGAUCAAAGGUUCUCCGUAAAGGAAAACUUAAAAAAACAUACAAGAACCCACACCGGUGAGAAACCUUUUGCUUGCUCAGUUUGUGAGCAAAGGUUCUCCGUAAAGGAAAACUUAAAAAAACAUACAAGAACCCACACCGGUGAGAAACCUUUUUCCUGCUCAGUUUGUAGUCAAAGAUUCUCUGAUAAGAGCAACUUAAAAAUUCACACAAGAACUCACACUGGAGAGAAACCUUUUUCCUGCUCAGUUUGUGGUCAAAGAUUCACUCGGAAGGCACACUUAAAAAUUCACACAAGAAUCCACACUGGUGAGAAACCUUUUUCCUGCUCAGUUUGUGGUCAAAGAUUCUCUAGAAAGGGACAUUUGACAACACAUUCAAGGACACACAGUGGAGAAAAACCUUUUUCCUGUCCACUUUGUGGUCUAAGAUUCACUCAGAAGGGAACCUUAAAAAUACACACAAGAACACACACUGGUGAGAAACCUUUUUCCUGCUCAGGUUGUCGAAAAAGGUUCUCUCAUCAGUAUCUGGCUAAGAAUCACAAGUGUGUUGGGGAGAAUAGCAGUGAUCAAUGAAAGUUUCGCCUCUCAUCCGAGCAGGCUUCAUCAGUUCAUGGCGCAAAGAUGUAUUCCAUGUACCUUCUUAAAGAUGCCCUGUGGACAAGUGUUGAGAAUUAGCACUCAUGCACUUGUCACAAUACAUCUUGUGUAAUGCUUUUGUGAUGUGCAUAUAAAAUAAAUAAACAAUUAACUGAAAUAGGCAGGAGCCGUCACCCAGCGACCACAUGCCAGCUAGACAGCGGUAGAGUACACGGCGAAGGUCCCGCGCAACGGCGACGGGUCUUGCGUCGCG